CUUCCAAUCCGUGACCUUCUUCCGGAUCGUUUUUCGAACACCAUCGUACAAAUCCAGGCAACAGUGUCAGCGAUAGUAAGAGUGAUACUCUACGGGUCUUUGGUUAGGUUGUUUGUUGUGUGUGGUGCCUUGCGGUGGCUGCGCGCAUUGGAUCGGGAAACUUUUGGUUUCUUUUUUUUUGUUGUUUCCGAGCGAGAUCGAUUGGUUCGUUGCUUCUUUUGCUCGAUUGAAAGGCAGACUGUCAACCUCAUCCAUACAAACAAUCCCCGACCUUGACAAUGCGGUCUAUUCGAACGAGACUGACGUUCGAGGGACGUCCUUCGUGUCAGUGGACCAAAGUCAAGUUCGGGACACUGCUGCUCGUGAGCUUGCUCUGGGACGGACUCGUCUCCCUCACACGUACUUUUCACAAUGGCAGUAUUUCUACUACUACGAACCACCGUUUGCCGCUUCUCGUCCAGGCCUAUGUCUCCGUACCACUCAAGCCGCGCACGCGGCGGGACGAGGCCUUUCCGUCAUCCACCACCACGCCACCGCCACGUAUCCCGUGCAGCCUUUCCGCGCAACCGAAUCCGCGAGAAGCCGAAAUUCGACGAAAAAUUGCUCAAUUGCGACGUCAGGGCAAACUCCGGAAGCAACAACAACCGUCGGAAUGGGAUCUCGAUGACGACCUGGAUGGUGAUGGAAAUACUUCGACCGAGAACGAAACAGCCCCACAAACUUCUCCCCGAGACACGUAUGCUACAAAAGUGCGAGACCGACUAGGGCCCACCAAGUCGAAACUUUUGGGAUUUGUUGACGACAAUGAGAGCGCGUCAGAUUCGAAAUCGGAUGAACUUACAGUUAGUUCGUCCUCAUCAUCAUCAAGCACAUCCGGGCGAGUGCAAAUAGGCACGUUGGAACCCUCGCAAUUCGAUGACGAGCGGUCUUCGUCCGAAAAAUACCAGAGAGCAAACAUGGAAAGUACUCAGUCUCCCAACUGGAUCGACCCGUCAUUAUUUGACGAGGACGAAGACACGCAGUAUGAAGCCGAUCAAGAUGAAGAGUCUUUGAUUGACUUGGUAGCAGAAAAAAUGAUGGAACAACAACUUCGUGAAAAAUCGGAAAAGGACCGAGCGUUGAUGGAAGAGACACGCGCAAGGUUGCAAGCCUUGGAGUUGGAACGACGAGUCGAAACGGCCGAGCCUCCCCUCAGUAGCACUUCUGUGACUCAAUUAACAUCCGGCGUUGGCGGAUCCUGGGAUAGGAACGAAACUGCCGCCACACAAGAUGUGUAUCAGCCCAAGAUGGGCUCCUGGGGCGCCUUUCCGAGACCGCGAGAUAUCUCCAAGGCCUACGGUGGUGGUAGACGGAUAGGACCGGGGUUCAGCAACGAACAGGCACGCGUGGAAUCGACCGCUGCAACGAGGGAACGGUUACAGCGGUACCGUGAAAAAGUGGGUAUCGAAGUCGAAUCGGAAAAAUUGCACGCCGAUGAAAUCGCCGAAGCCCUGCGCAUCGGGUCACUUGCAAUGGAAAGAGGCAUUUACUCCACGGCGGUCUCGGCACUGGAGAAAGUAACAAGGUACUGUUCAAGCAACAGCAAAGUGGGGAGCAAAGUCUUUCUGGAACUGGCCAUGGCGUACGAGGCUGUCGGGCGAACGGAAGAAGCCAUCGCCGUGUACACUACCCUGUCAAAGUGCCGUAUGGAAGAUAUCAAGCACAACGCGAAACGAUUACUGUAUGGAUUGGAGGCCAUGCAAUUUAUGCAAAAAAAUGUCAAAAGCUCGGAAUUUUCUCGCAAGCGAGCCAAAAAUGUGUUUGUGGAUACUACCGGACUAGCCAACAUUGCGGAAGCGUUCGACGAUAAAUACAACAUGGCCUAUUUGGACCUCGAAAAGGGGAACUACUACAAGAAGCUUACCGAAGCCGUCGUUCGAUCCCCUCGUGAAGCACGACAAAUUUUGUUGAAGGCCGUGGGAGCCGGGGAAGUCCCCCGGCUCCGGAUUGUGCAAGCGUUGCGAUCUUUGGCUCGGCAGUUUGACGACUUGCUUCAGGCGGAGAUUGAAAGCAGUACGAUUCAAGAGCCUGUCGCUAUUAUGGAUGGGAAGCCCAUUUUGAAGCGACGAGUAGAGGAAAAGGGCGAUGUUAAGACUAUGAUUGCAGGCAUGGACGACUUCCUUUUAGGUACACCCGAACAAAUGAUGACAAACAUUGAUGGGGAAUGGCGAUUGCAGCUUCUGGCGGAUAAACAAGGAGAUGGCGUGAAAUUUUUCAACAACACUGUUUCGUGGCAACAAGUUGACAUUAAAAAAAUGAGCUUCCGAGCCUCAAGCUCCGCAGGGCUUGUCACAAUUCAACAAGCUGGUGAAGUUUCUUUCAACGAGAAGAGACGUGUGCUACGGCGCACUUCCGUACAGGUCUCAGGCGGCGGCGUCUUCACUGGACUUUUUGGCGGCAUGAAUACCGGUGCCCCUGCGGCGGUGUCGCUGCCCCGUCAAAUAAUAACUGUGGACUCCACUCUUCUUAUAACGCGAGGUGUGCCUUCAAAACUUGGUCGGGGUAAGGAUGACGAAAGGGAUUACUUUGCUGUAUGGAGGCGAGUGGAGUCAGGCACAUUCUCUAGACCAUGAUAAGGAUAUUGUAGUAUUUACGCUUGUUGACAAAAUAAAAACACAUUCUUUU